GAGGCGCUGUGCAACCCGACAGACUAGCUGCACAUACUAAAAUCUAUAACAGGACAAAAAAUCAGGAACCCAGCACAAGUUGAUGCAAGCAAAGAAACAAGGAAAAAGCCCUGCUUUUGCGAACAACCUAACUGCUGGGUUUCAUAAGGAGUCGGGCUGACAUUCAGUGUUUCACUUGGACUCCAGCUAGGAAGCUGCAGCAGCCACCGAAGACUAAAAAAACCUAGAUGAACAGCAGCUUUCAUAUUAUGAAUCUUUAUAAGCAACAUCAAGGAAACUAAGAGACAGGGGAUUCUGACCCGCAAGCCGAAAGAAGAUGAGUGCUGUGUUUCUCGUGCUUUUGGUGUCCACUGCAAAUGUCGGUGCCUUGCUGGAAGAGGGCCAGCUGAGACGGGAGCCUCGGCGCCUGUCGUGUGUGCGGUGCUGCCGGCCUUCAGAGCAGCCCGUCCCCAUCGCCUCCUCGCGGUACACGAGGAUGAGCAAUGACCCUGCCUAUUCACUUCCCAAAGUCCAGCCCACCAUAGAUAUCACCAUCCUCAAAGGUGAGAAGGGUGAAAUGGGAGAAAAAGGGUACCCUGGAGCAGUGGGAAAGGAAGGAGAGAGAGGUCUACGUGGCUAUAAUGGACGAAAGGGCCAGAAAGGCCAGCCUGGCCCGCAAGGCCAUUCCUGCAAGCAGCUCUAUGCUGCUUUUUCAGUGGGUCGGAGAAAACCCCUUCAUAGCUCAGACUAUUUCCAGCACGUCAUUUUUGACACGGAGUUUGUGAACCUCUACAAGCACUUCAACAUGUUCUCGGGGAAGUUCUUCUGCUAUGUGCCAGGAGUCUACUACUUCAGCCUCAAUGUCCACACCUGGAACUUCAAGGAGACCUAUCUACACUUGAUGAAGAACGAGAAAGAGAUGGCCAUCCUCUAUGCUCAGCCCAGUGAUCGGAGCAUCAUGCAGAGCCAAAGCCUGAUGCUGGACCUGCAGGAAGGAGAGGAGGUCUGGGUGCGGAUGUUCAAGCGAGAGCGAGAAAAUGCCAUCUAUAGUGAGGAGUCUGAUGUUUACAUCAUCUUCAAUGGCCAUCUAAUCAAGCCAGCUGUAGAGUAGCUGUUCUUCAGCUUUAGGCUCCAAGCUUUGGUAGGGAUUUUGCCAGAUGCAUUAACAUUUUCCCUCUUAGAAGUGCACAUGUCUAGCUCCACUUGGAAAGAUUAUGGCUGGCAGCAUCUUGGCCUGUGGAUGGGGACAUCUGUGCAGGCCACGGAGAGGGUGUCCGUGUGGAUGGAGGGGCUGGUGUUCUGAGGUUAUGCAAAUUGUGUGAGUACAGAGAAGGCUUUAACCCUUCUGUGCUCCUGCAGAUGAAGCACACAGAAGGCCUCAGUCUGCAGCCCAGUAUAGGUUCCCAGUAACAUCUAUGGCUGAAUAGUCUGCCAGGUCCGUAGCAAAAAUUUAACCUCUUUGCUCUGCUUUAAAGAAGACAUUUUAAUUAGAUCUAAGGACCAUCUUCAGAUACCAGUUAAGGAAUGUAAUUACUCCUACAGCAUUACUGAGAUAUCUUUGCAACGUGCAGUAACUGCUAAUAAAAUGAAGUGUCCACAUUCUGCCAUCAUUUACACCAGCUCCAGCUCUACUCGGGGGGGGGGGGGAGGGGCAAGAAUGCAGCACGGUUUAGAAGAAUAUAUUGCACAGUACUUUUACUCAAAAUUAUGUUUUUGUUCCAUUUCAUGUAAUAUUACAUCCUGAGAGCAUAAUGUGAGAAUUGCAUAAAUAACAGCACACUGAUCUGGCAAAGCUAUUUCAGAGGCACAUAGUUUCAAGCACAAGUGUUGCCGCAUGCAAUAACUUUGCCAGACUGCUGUAUUCUUAACAACACUUCCCUCAUAAGAACAUCCAGCAUGGGUGGAAAUCUGUAUUUUCCAUUUCAAUGAAAACUAUGGGCCCUACCUUAGGAUCUGAUUUAUGAAUACUCACUGCUGAGUGGGAAUUUAAGGACAUCAGCAUUUCUGAACAUUACUGUCUUAUAGCUCACUAAUUUCUAGAAACUGGAGAAGAAAAUCAGGAAGAAAAAAUAUUUUAUUGCAAACAGUGAUUUGUUUUUUGUAAAAUGUACUGAUAUAACAGCGGAGAGGUACAUGCAGCAGCAAGAAGCCUUGUUUUCAGCAGUUCCUCUUCCCCAGAGCCCCAGUCUCUUGUUUGCAUUGUAAAACGUUUGUAUGAACGAUGGAGCAAAAGGUCUUGCUAUGCAGACUGCUUCAGUGCUGUACCUCCUCUAUCCACAGCUGUUUAGAAAAGUCGCUAAAAUAAAGAUAGUGCUUUGAGUA